AUGAAUAUUUCCAAUGAAGAUGAGGCACAAAUCAAGAAAAUUGAUGAUCUGCAAUAUUAUGCAGAAAACUACAGUAAGCUUUGUCGGCUGUGUUUAUCCCAGGAAAAACUAGUUACGAUCUACUCCAAUGUUCGUGGAAGAAAUGUGUACUACAUAAGAAAUUUUGUAAAUUUCGCAUUAAACUUGCUAACAAUUAAGAUUAACAAACACGAUGGGCUGCCAAAUUUUCUAUGCGAACGCUGCGAACGGAACCUAAAUAUCAUAGCGAAUUUCAAACGAAAAUGUGAUGAAUCGAUUCGGUUGCUGGAGCGUGUGAGAGAUACCAUAGUCAAACAAGAUCGUUCCGAACCAGUUGGUCAAGAUCGCAAUGGAUCACGUACCCGCAAGAGAAGGGCGAAAGGUUCCAGCAAGCAACCCAAGCAAGACAAUGAAGAAAUUUUGAAGAAGUUACCACGAGAAAUUAAUGUGGAGAAAGCGAGCGCACGUUUAUCGGCACGAAAAGAAUUGGAAAGAUCUGAAAACGAACGAGAAAAUCUACCAGCUACAACAACGCCUGAGAAUGCCAAUGAGUGGAUAAAGUUAAAAGAUGAGCAUCGUGUUAUUGAAAUAUCAUCUAAAGACGACGAAGGUGCUAAAUACAGUGAAGAGGAAGGGGAAAUUGAGCAGUUUAGCGAGGGGGAAAAAUCAGAUCCAUAUCUUGAGCACUUCAACGACACGCCGGAACAAGAAAAUGUGACAAACCAACCUGCUGUUAGAACUACCCGAAAGAAACCUCCCAAGGAAAAGAUCGUAUGUGCCGUGUGCGGUGUAAUGGUCAAUAACGUCAAAUCGCACAUGAUCAUCCACUCGGGACGGUCCCAUCAGUGCGAACAAUGUUCGAAAAGCUUCACGUCGCGAAACAAGCUGCAAUCUCACAUCAACAGCGUGCACUUGCGGAAACGGGACUUCAAGUGCGAAAUCUGUGGCAAAGCCUUCCUUGAGAAGAAUAACUUAAAGGGCCACAUGCGUAUACACGAUGGCGAUCGCAAGUAUGGUUGUGAUCUCUGCCCAAAAACGUUUCUGUUCGCGGGAACGUUGCGCUGUCACAAACUGACCCACACGCAGGAGAAACAACACGCGUGCCAAAUCUGUGGCAAACUGUUUUUGCUGCGUACCACACUGAACAAGCAUUUGCGUGUGCAUACGGACGAAAAACCGCACAUUUGCAAUCUGUGCGACAGACGAUUCCGCACAUCCACGCACUUGACGGUGCAUAUGCGUACGCACACGGGUGAAAAACCGCUCAACUGCCGCAUUUGCCAGAUGGCCUUUUCGCACCAUAAGGCGCGCAGUGUUCACAUGAAGGCGAAACAUCCUGACGAACUCGUGGCAUUGGGGUUGAUCGAUGAAAAAGGACAUCUCAAGUUUUAGGGGAUCCGCAAAAGUGAAAUGCAAAUCAUUUAUGAAC